GUUUCUCCAUUCUCUGUAGUUUUAGAGAGUUUGUAAACCAGACCUUUGCUUGCAUAGACCAGUACAGCUGUGUUCGACAUCAUCUGCAGAACCUUCCAGAAAAAGCCAUCAUGCCAGAGACAGCUGAAGCCGUGGCUGCGACCAUCACUACUCGCAGGAAUGUCACUGUCGAGAUCACCAACCUCACAAACAACUACUGCCUGCUCAACCCCAAAGUGUUCCUUGAGAGUGGCGAAACCUAUAACCCGCCUCAGCCCACAGUGCGCCCACUGAAGACCGAGGUGUGCACCUUCAGCAAGACCAGCGCCAAGGCCACAGGCAGCGUAGGGGUCAUGACCUACGACCUCUUCGAGCGCACCCGCAAGGGCGCCACUGAGACCCUAGCCAUCAUGUUCUCCGUGCCCUGGGACUACAACGUCUACAAGAACUGGUAUGCCAUCGGCAUCUACCCCGUUGGCAAGGAGUGCGAUGAAGCCCUGUACAAGGCGAUGUAUUACGACAAGGAGCCCAAGGGCUUCGUCCGCAUGGAGGCUGACGGCUCUGGGCUGACCUUCGAGGGCUCUAGCAUGGACGUCAAGGCCACCAUGUGCCCCAUGGGCCGUGCCAUCAUGAAGGUGGAGCUGUGGGAUAAGCUGUUUUCGCCCGGCAUGCAGCAGUCAGCCCACUAGAGGGCGGUAGAGUGUAGAUGAACAAGGAGAAGGAGCAACUAGCAACUAGUCCCUAGCAACAUUUCCUUACCAACCAUUCCCUAGUUUUGCUUACUAAAACUUAGUAUGGACUCUCCACUGCCCCAACAAUAAGAAUUUGAUUCCACUGAAGCACACAUAACAACACACACACAUACUGGUAAAUUCAUGAUUUAUCUAGCCAGAUAACUGUAAGGGACCCAUAGAGUCUAUACUGCAAAGGUAAAGGUUCAAUCUCCUAGUUUGUGUCAUUUCAAUUUGUAUUAUCUAGUGAACACAUCUGUUGAAUGUCUUACAUAAAUAAAUCAAAUAAAAAUGUACAACUUUUACAAAUGAUAAAAUUACAUUUUAAAAUGUUA